AUGGCAUUGGAUUUUGGCCACGGCGCAGCAGUCGCCGCUGCCGCUGCUGUAGGGGCGCAAGAUGUGGUCGACCUCGGCCUGGACGACGUCGGUGUCACAUCCGAUCCUGCCCAGCUCAAGCACGAUUCUUCACCGCACUCGUCAGCAUCUAUACCGCCCCCAUCACCGCGUCCGCCGUCGCCACCAGCAUUCACUCCCUCUCCUUCCCCGCCACCGCAAUCCGCUUCCGCCAGUGCAGCUGCCCAGAAUGACCACGCACCACCACCAAAACAUUCGCCGCACUCCCCACGCUCCGCACACGUUGCUCUUCUAGGGUCUCCGUCAGAAUUAAAUCAAAGUCAUUCUGCAGCUUCUCGUACACCCUCCGCACUCGAUGACGACAGUGCCAUCCACCACAACGAUACCGCCUCUUUCGCUCUCGCAUCCACCUCUUCCGCGCGUAAACCCAAAGCCAAGCCGCAGCCUCAGCUCAUCACUCAUCUUCCGCUCGCAGAGGACGCCGCCAUGGCCACCUUCCAAGAGAUCACGUUCAACGACUACCACGACAAGAAGCUCGGCAGACCUCCCGGCAAGUUUGACGACUACAUGAUCUGCGACUGCAACCCCAACACCGAGAACCCCGACUUGGCCUGCACAGACUACUCGGGCUGCAUCAACCGCAUGACCCAAAUCGAGUGUUCCUCGUCCAAAUGUCGAUGGGGGAAGCAGUGUCGCAACCAGCGCUUCCAUCGCAGACAGUACAUCGAUGUCGACAUCGUCCAGACCGAAAAGAAGGGUUUCGGCCUGCGCGCCGCCCAGGACAUCUCCAAGGAGACCUUCGUGUACGAGUACGUAGGUGAAGUCAUGAACCAGCCCACCUUCCUCGACCGCAUGCAGCAGUACCGUGUCGAAGGCAUUCGGCACUUUUACUUCAUGAUGUUGCAACCAAACGAGUACCUCGACGCCACAAAAAAGGGCGGAAAGGGUCGCUUCAUUAAUCACAGUUGCAACCCCAACUGCUCCGUCUCCAAGUGGCAGGUCGGCAAGCAUCUCCGCAUGGGCAUCUUUGCCAAACGCAACAUCCUCAAGGGCGAGGAGCUGACGUUCAACUACAACGUCGACCGCUACGGCAACGAUGCGCAGGAGUGCUUCUGUGGCGAGCCCAACUGCGUCGGCACACUGGGUGGCAAGACACAGACUGACCUCAGCGGCAUGGACGAUCUCUUCCUUGACGCUCUCGGCAUUUCCGACGAGGUGGAGCAGACAGAGGCCAAGGGCUCGCGCCGCAAGCGAGGCAAGCGACUCGAUCUCGACUUUAUCCCACAGAUGCGCCCCAUCCAGGAACACGAGGCCACACGUGUCAUGACCGCUGCACGACAAGCCGGUCCCAAGCGAGAGAUCCUCGAAAAAUUGUUGCGCAGGAUGGAAAUGACUAUGGACGUCAACGUGCAAAAGUCGCUCGUCAAGCUGCACGGAUUCAUCCUCAUGCAGUUCCUGCUCGAGCAGUGGUGGAAUGAUCGCGACAUUGUGCUUCUCAUCGUCAAUGUCCUGGCCCGGUGGCCGCUUAUUGCGCGCAACAAAGUUAUCGACUGCGGCGUCGAGGAUCAGGUCCGCAUCGUCGCUGAAACUUACCGGCCCAAAGUAACGGCCAAGCUGGAGAGUUCGGACGGCCAUAGCGAUGUGAAAAAGGAAGAUUCGACCACUGACUUGACCACGAAGCUUAACGGCAACGGCAAUGUGGAAGCAGAGCCGACGCAAGCACCCCUUGUAGGUGCUCCGCCAGCAGAGGACGCCGAGGUGUCGUCUCGCGCCGAGCAUCUGCUCGCAGCGUGGAAGAAGCUCGACCUGACCUAUCGCAUUGCACGUAAGGACGCCAUCAAACAAGACGGCGAGGCCGUCAAGGACGCAACUGCCGUCACCACGUGGGUCGACCGUAGACGAAUGCAGGAUCUCGACGAUCCACUCGACAUGGAUCAUGCGCAGGCGCCCAAUGCCGUCUCUUCGGAGCUUGGCUCGGCACUCUCCGGUGACCAGGAUCUGCGUGAAAGCAGAUCAACGUGGCAGCCACCGCCUGAUCCUCCAGCUGCGAUAAGCAACGGCCCAGGAAAACGAACGAAUGGAUUUGGCCACCCCAAAGCCUCGCCAGGCAACUUUACACCAAGUCGACUCCAGUCUUCAGGCCAGAGCCCGCUGACACCGGAUCAACUCACCUCUGCCCUGUCCUCUUCGCUGGCCAAGUCUCUCCCAGGUUUGGUCUCGUCGCUCAAGCAACAGCAGUUUCAACUGCAGCAGCAGCAGCAGCAACAACAACAACAACCCCAGCAGCCGCCAGCGCAGCCCGUCACAAAGUCGAUCGAAGAGAUCAUCCGCGAGGCAAACGAGGCCGAGGAGCGCGCCCGCAAGGAAGCCGAAGCGGCCGCCAAGGCAGCACGCGAACUCGAGCUCAACGGCGGGCUCAACAGCAUCUCUUCUCGCAAACGUCCAUCGUCUUCGUCUCGACACUCGGACAAGCGAGCCAAGCACUCUUCGUCGUCGUCUUCGAGCCACUCUGCAGCCCGACAAUCGUCGUCCAAUGGGGCCGACUCGAGCAGUCGCCCGGGCGCCGAUCCAAGCUCGGGUGCUGCCGAUCUGGCAGCCAGCAACGAACGACGUUUGCGCAAGCUGGUCGGCGAGCUCGUCGUCCGUCAAAUGUCCAAGCAUAAGGACGAGCUUGAGCGCGAGAGUUUCAAACGCCACGCCAAGGAGCUGACCAAUGCGAUUGUGAGCAAAGAGAUCCGCAACCCGAAAUCGUGGCCUCCUGCGCGCGCGGCUGCCUUGACCGAGCUGUCCAACGAGAAGAAGGCCAAGAUCAAGUCGUUCGCCAAGGAGUACAUCGACAAGCUCAUGGCGAGAAAGGGCAAGGGCAAAGGGUCCACUACACCAUCCAACAAUGAAGCUGCCAGCUCGAGCCAUGUUGCCAGCAGCAGCAGCAACAACAACGGCAGCCUCUGA